AUGUCGAGUCUGACCAACUCGAUCCUACCCACGACUGAUCAUGGUCUGCACCAGUGUCACCUCAGUGCGAGCCCUCCGAGUGCCGGUCCCGCGGCGCCGACGGGCCUCUUGACCGAGUCGUCCUUGGCCGAGUCGUCGUCCGGCACUGCCACUCACGGGAACAUCAUCGUCGCACCCUCGUCAUGUUCCUCCUCCACCAGGGCAACUUCGCCCACUUCCACUACCACAGCUCUGACUACGGCCCGACAACUCAAGAAGAAAUCACAACGCCCGAGUUGGAGCUGCACCGAAUGCACGCGCCGCAAGAUCAAGUGCGACCGCAACGUGCCCGGAUGUUCCGCCUGUCGUCGUCGCAACGCCGUAGACCAGUGUCGGCUUGACGAGUCACUGUUGCUCGAGUCGGCAGGAAUGGCGACUACACUCGGGCUUAAGCGUCGUAGGAGUAGUAGCAGUACCUCGCAGCUUCCGCCUCCGUCGAGGAACCCGCUCCACAAGCCCGAGCCUGAGCAGUCGAAGAGGCGCUCCCCCAUCUCCUCCCCGGCGGCCGCUUCCCUUUCUUCCUUCACGGACCUCACUCCGGGUCUGCAUGUACAAUUUCAACCUCCCCCCGUGCUCGUCAAGCAAGACUCGAAAGGGAUGGAGGUCACUUCCAUAUCGAACGCGGCCGCGAUGGAUCACCACGCUUUGAACAACGUCGUCAAAGGUCUCCGAGCUCAACUGUCCCAACUCGAGCAGGUCGUCAGCCGAAUAUCAAACGUACCAGGACAGUCAAAACACUCCAAUGGCACAACCAUAGCUAGUACCGCUGCCAACGCCGGAAGCCGGCCCGAAGGUGCCAUUGCCUCGAACGAAUCUUCAGCGCGCAGCGCAUCAUCUCCCGAACCGGACGGCGAGCUGGAAGCCGCCGAGACACUCGAGUUUCUCGCCAUGGGACGAGAUCGAAAGGCGCAACACCUUUCUCGAUCCGAGCUGCGUCGACCUGCGGACGAGGAGGACGCUGAAGAUGCGAUUGUCGUCGAUUCGACUCCGAGUACGUCUGCCGGUGGCGCACUGAGCUGGCUCGGCGCUUCGCCGACCUCACUCGUCAAGUCUCCCAUUGCGACUUUGCUCCCACACCCUCCCGGUCCAUCAGCCGACACUUCACCUGCCCUGCUCGAUGAUAGACGAAGUCGACUCGUCGCGUGUUGGGCCAUGUCGCACAUGCUCGCCCAUAACGGCCUCCUCCACCCUCCGACGUUCCUCGCCGAGUGCAUCGAGUUCGAGAACUGGCCUCCUAGCGAUCGCUAUCGACUCGUGAACGCCGCAUGGUUGGGACUUUACUACGCCGUCCUCUGUGGUGCGCUACAACAAAUGUCGAGGCACGACGCUACGCAGAUGGGCCUCAGCAUCGACGAAUACCAUCGUUUGCCCAAACUCUACUUUGACGCCUGUGUGCAGGCCCUCCAUCGAGCCGAUUUCUUGUCCAAGCAUUCGAGGUUCAGCGUGCAAGCGAUCUGCAUCAUCACGACGGCGGGGUACGAAGCGGGACAAUCAGAUCUCAUUAAUACGUUGCUUGGGUGCGCGAUCCGAAUCGCACAACACCUCCAGUUCCAUCGCUUGGGAUCGGAUCUCGAAUGGCAAACUCGACAAGCCCGUAAAGGGGUCGUCUUGACGAAUGAGAUGGGGAUCAAAUCGGCCAUCAAUCGGGAAAUUUGCAAACGCCUAUGGUGCACGCUCGGAGCGGACGAUUGGUUCACGUGCACUGUGCGACAUAGUUAUGCCAUUCAUUCGACCCAUACCAAUACGCCUUUGCCAUUGAACAUCACCGAUGAGGAUCUCUCGAUUGGAGCCUUGUCCAAGGCGUUGCCGUACGACGUUCCUACCCCCGCAUCGAAGUUGAUCCUUUUGCAUUCGCUGGCCGAUCGAGUCCGUACCUUGUUCGACCUCAUCAACGGGACCGACAAGCCGAGUCAGGAAUUGACGAACGAAAUCGAUUCGGGGAUCGACGACGUCAUGCAACGUGCACCGGCGUGGUUGAAGGCGGGGUGGAUCCCACCCGUGGGGAUGACGGUGCCGAGUUGGGUUGCUGAGUUGAGGCAGCAUUGGUUCAUCAGUGUGAGUGACACUUCUCCAGAUUUGUCAUCGAUUCCUCCGAUUACUUAGCCUCAAGAAUGGGCUUACAGUGCGAACAUAAGCGACUGGUCCUACAUCGCCUCUGUCCCAGUCGUGGCUUGUUCCGCGAUACCGCUCACCCCUAUGUUCGUCAAGCCGCGGUCAAGGCUGCACGAAAGGUGUUGCAUCAUUUUACGGAAACGGACAAGUGGCCUAGAAAUUGGACUAUAAGGUGAGAGUGUGAUGUGCGGGAGGGAAACUCGUCAACCUUGCCUGGCAGGACUGAUGCCCGUUGCUUCCGUGAAUUUCACAGCUAUCACGCCAUCGUAGCUUGUACGACACUUCUACUCGACCUGUCCCAUCGGAACACUUCAUCAUCCUCUACGUCCAACUCACCCUCCACCUUGACGUUGACACCCAUCCCCGUCCCUCAGUCGACCACCUACCUCGCCAAACGUAGCGAUGUUCUCUCGGCUUUGGAAUGCCUUCGUCUUAUCAGCGACGAUUCGAUCAUCGCUUCGAGGGGGAUCAGGUUGAUCGAAGCGAUGUUGAAAGAGGAGGGGAAAUCCAAGGCUCUCGGUGAAGUUUUGCAGCACAAAAAGAAAGAUCAAGAUGGGGAUGAUUUCCGAGGAAAGGGUUUCAACGGUUCGCAAACCCGUCCGAAUCGAGUCGACCUCCCUUCGGUCCUGCAGACGGGUCCUCUCGGCCCGACGUCCGUACCGCCUCCUCCUUCUCAAGGGAACGUGCUGACCUCCCCCUCACUAGGAGCCACUCUCUUCGACCCUUCCCUACACAGCCCACCCACCGCACCCCUCACCCUCGUCGAAACUUUCGACCUCUCCACCAAUACCCUCGGCCCACUCCUCCAAAACCUCCCCGCCUCUUCUUCCACUUCUUCAAUCCCAUUACUCGAUCCCACCCCCACUCAAACCGACGAUCUCGGCGCUGAUUUUAGGUUGGGGUUUUCCACUUCUUCCCCUUUGGGAGGAGGGGAUGAUUUCGCGGCGUUGGAAUCGAUGCUUUUGGAUGGGUUUGGUAGGGAUUGGGAGGCUUUUGAUCAUGGUGGUGCUGGUGGUGUGGGAGGAGGCGGAGGAGGAGGGGGGGUUUUGGAAGGUGGGUGGGGGCUUUGA